AAAUGCCACUAUCCAGACCAAACCACAGCACAGCAAAGCACAGAACAGUCACUCAUGGCGCACUUUUUCCACCACCAUCAUGGAUCGGAGCACGGAUCCAUCGCCGGCAGCCAGCCGGCGCAGCGUACCGUCAGGGUAUACACCAAGGCGGAUCCCAACUACUCCCUAUCGAUUCGCGACGGCCAUGUUGUCCUCGCGCCAAAUAAUCCCAAUGAUCCCUACCAGCACUGGUACAAGGACUUGAAGCACAGCACGAAGGUGAAGGAUGAGGAAGGUUUCCCUAGCUUUGCUCUUGUGAACAAAGUGACCGGCGAAGCUAUAAAGCACUCUAUCGGAGCUACUAAUCCUGUGCGAUUGGUACCUUAUAAUUCUGAAUACCUCGAUGAGUCGAUCCUUUGGUCAGAGAGUAAUGAUACCGGUGGGGGAUAUCGAUGCAUUAGGAUGGUUAAUAACAUCCGUUUGAACUUUGAUGCAUUCCAUGGAGACAAGGACCAUGGAGGAGUUAGAGAUGGAACCAGUAUUGUGCUGUGGGAGUGGCUCAAGGGUGACAACCAAAGGUGGAAGAUUGAACCCCAAGGUGUAGACCUCCCGACAAACUACUCAGGACGACCUGCUCAGCAGUACGUAAGAAUCUUUACCAAGGCUGGGCCAGACUACUCCCUCUCCAUCCGGGAUGGCAGAGUAAUCCUUGCACCAUUCGAUCCUAAUGAUGACUUCCAGCGCUGGUUCAAGGAUACUAAGUACAGCAACACAGUGAAGGAUGAAGAAGGGUUCCCAGGCUUUGCCCUUGUCAAUAAAAUGACCGGCGAAGCAAUUAAACAUUCCAUUGGCGCUCAAAAUCUUGUUCGACUGAUUCCAUACAAUCCCAAUUAUCUUGAUGAGUCUGUUCUGUGGGCUGAAAGCAAUGACACUGGUGAAGGCUUCCGUUGCAUCCGGAUGGUGAACAACAUUCGUCUGAACUUUGAUGCUUUCCAUGGAGACAAGGAACAUGGUGGAGUGAGAGAUGGAACCGCUGUUGGCCUUUGGGAAUGGCUGAAAGGGGACAACCAGCAAUGGAAGAUAGUCCCUUUCUGAACAAAGUGGCUGCAACGAUCAUAAUCCCUGCCGCUUGGUAUGCUGCGCUUCUCUCCGUUACUAUCUAGAAUAAGAUGUGCCGUUGAGGCCAUUAUGUGUCCUUUAUUCCUGAAGUUGGUGUCAAUUGUGGAACUGCCCACUUGUGUUAUGUUGAUGGUGUAUCUGUCUUGAUGCUACUUGUAUUUUGCUUCUGGAGUUGGAACUCAGGCUUUAUGCUUUGGAUAAUGCACUGCUGAUAUAUUAUUGCCUCCA